AUGACAAGCGAACCCGAACCUGCUACUGUCGUUGUGGAUGAACAUGAAGGCGGCAGAGAGCAUGAAACCAUCCCUGGUGAUGACUGUGAAGCAGUUAUUGAUGACCCUGGUGAUGAACUAGUAGAAGAAGUGGAAGAUAAUGAUGUUGGAGAAGAAGAAGAUGAAAGUCGUGGUAUUAGAGUUGAAGAACAAACUUGUGUGGUGUUAUCUACACACAUUGGAGAUAUAGCAAUGAAUGAUGGAGUAAACGAUGAUGAGAGCGGAGAUGACGAUUGCUGGAAGGAGGAUCAGAUUUCGGAUCCUAUAUCAUCUGAAGAUGAUGAAGAGGAUGCGAGAAGGGAAGCUCGUGAGGAUGGAGCAUCAAGCGAUGAUGUCUUGGUACUUGGAAAGACAUUUUCUUCUGCAGAUGAGUUCAAGCAAGCUCUCUUCAGGUAUUCUCUGAAAACAAGAUACAAUAUUAAACUAUACAUAUCGACACAAAUGAGGCUUGCUGCUGUUUGCUUGGAUACAGAAAAUGAUUGCCCUUGGAGAGUAUAUUGUUCAUAUGAGAAGAGGAAGCAUAAACUGCAGAUCAAGGUGUAUAUCAAUGAACAUGCUUGUGUAAGAUCUGGUUACUCUAAGAUGCUGAAGACUUCAUCAAUUGCGCAACUGUUUUCUGAAAGAUUGAGAGUGAAUCCAAAGCUUACGGCUAAGGAAAUUUGUGAAGAGAUCAAGCGGUCAUACAAUUUGACUGUAACAGAAGGUCAAUGUCAAAAGGUGAAGACCAAAAUCACUAGGGAAAGAAAAGCAGGCCACGAAGCUCACUUUUCACGAAUAUGGGAUUAUGAAGCCGAGCUUCAUAAGACUAAUCCAGGCACCAUCACAGAGAUAAUGACCAUACCAGGAGCUACACCAAGACACAAGCAAAAACCAAUCAUAGGUCUAAAUGGAGCGUUUUUAAAAUGGGAUGUGAAGAGCCAGUUGAUUGCUGCAGUUGGAAGAGAUGGAGACAACCGAAUUGUUCCUAUUGCUUGGGCUGUUGUGGAGAUCGAAAAUGAUAUUAAUUGGGCAUGGUUUGUCAAUCAUCUGAAGAUUGAUUUGGAACUUGGUCAUUGGAGCAACUACACAAUUAUAUCUGAUAGGCAAAAGGGUCUGUUGAAAUCUGUUCACCAAGAACUCCCCAAUGCUGAACAUAUAAUGUGUGCGAGACACAUACUUGGGAAUUGGAAGAGAGACAGUCGCUACCCGCAGCUAGAGAUACUGUUCUGGAAAAUAGCUCGCAGCUACACCAUGGGAGACUUUAAUGAGCAUAUGAACGAGCUAAAGAAGUACAAUGUAGUGGCACAUCAAACACUACAAGUCACCAAGACUCACACAUGGUCUCAGGCAUAUUUUAAUGUUGGUUCAUUUUGUAAUGAUAAUCUGAACAACCUUAAUGAAUCUUUCAAUAAAAUAAUCCGUGAGGCUAGGAGGAAACCACUUCUUGGAAUGCUAGAGGAGAUUAGGAGACAAUGUAUGGUACGCUCAGCAAAAAGGUCUAUAAUUGCUAAUAGGCUGAAGACUAGAUUCACUAAGAGGGCACAUGUUGCAAUAGAAGCAGCUAUAGCUAAGGCUCAACAUUGUAUUAGAUACAUGGCUACGGGGAAUGUAUACGAAAUUGACGAUCAUGGCUGUACGUAUAGUGUUGAUAUGGGUCUGAAAACUUGUGGUUGUGGGAUGUUGCAACUAAAAUGGAACUCCGUGUAA